AUCCGGGCCUUUGGACCGGGGACUCUCUCGGCUUGAUUGGGCGGUUUGCUUCGCCGCUGAUUGGCCGAGACCUGGAGAGCCGGUGCUGAGCUCGGGAAAAGAGGGCAGAAGUACCAGGGUCGCAGGGUUCAAGAUGGCUCCGGCCUCCUUGGGUGACGUAGAGGGCAGAACUUGGGUCCGCCCCUCCCUCCUGGAGAAGUGGGGAGCAGAAGUGGGGUUAGCCCGACGUGUGGAUGGUGCGGUCAUCGGUCUGCGGCGCUGGUGUUAACCCAACUCUCUCGGUUGGACGACUCAGCCUCUCUAGGUGACCAGAAUGGAGCUGUGGCCCGGGGCCUGGACAGCGCUGCUGCUGCUGCUGCUCCUCCUGCUGUCCACCCUGUGGUUCUGCAGCCCCAGUGCCAAGUACUUCUUCAAGAUGGCCUUCUACAACGGCUGGAUCCUCUUCCUGGCUAUCCUCGCGAUCCCUGUGUGCGCAGUGCGAGGGCGCAAUGUCGAGAACAUGAAGAUCUUGCGUCUGAUGCUGCUGCACAUCAAAUACCUGUAUGGGAUCCGAGUGGAGGUGCGGGGGGCUCAGCACUUCCCUCCCACGCAGCCCUACGUUGUGGUCUCCAACCACCAGAGCUCCCUCGACCUGCUCGGGAUGAUGGAGGUGCUGCCGGAUCGCUGUGUGCCCAUUGCCAAGCGGGAGCUACUGUGGGCUGGCUCUGCGGGGCUGGCCUGCUGGUUGGCGGGAGUCAUCUUCAUUGACCGGAAACGCACGGGAGAUGCCAUCAGUGUCAUGUCUGAGGUGGCCCAGACCCUGCUCACCCAGGAUGUGCGAGUCUGGGUUUUUCCUGAAGGAACGAGAAACCACAACGGUUCUAUGCUGCCCUUUAAACGUGGCGCCUUCCACCUUGCAGUCCAGGCCCAGGUUCCCAUUGUCCCCAUAGUCAUGUCCUCCUAUCAAGACUUCUACUGCAAAAAGGAACGCCGUUUCACCUCGGGACGAUGUCAGGUACGGGUGCUGUCCCCAGUGCCCACAGAAGGGCUGACACCGGAUGAUGUCCCAGCUCUGGCGGACAGAGUCCGGCACUCCAUGCUCACCGUCUUCCGGGAGAUCUCCACUGAUGGCCUGGGUGGCGGUGACUGUCUGAAAAAGCCUGGGGGAGCGGGCGAGGCCCGGCUCUGAGCUUCCUCCUACCCUUCCCCUCUUCCUCCCCACACCUCUAACCCAGAGCCUGAAGCAGGGCCAGGCCCUCUUCCUGGGUCCCCACUCCCUAUUCUCCUUUUUGAGUCUUCAACUUCUGAAGUGAAUAUGGAUACAGCAUCACUCCAUGUCCUUCCCCACCCUACCCACGGACUCUUCCCGUGUGGGCACAGUCUCCACUGCGAUCCCCACCUGCCAUCUUGUCUUGUGGGACAGUUGCCUCCCCUCAUCUCAAGUGGCUCAUCAGAUACAAGGGUGGGGACAUUCCAUCCCAUCCUUCCCCAAUGGUCUCUUUGUGGCCUUCUCUUCCUCUCCACCCCACACUGGACAAUGGACUCAUCUGUUGUGUGGAACAAUCCAUUCCUCACGCCAAGUCCACAGAUGGAGUGGGCCCAUCUGCUGUGAGGACUCCUCACCCUGUGGCUGGAAGCUGCACCUGAGGACUCCCCAGCUCACCUAGGGAACUCAACACUGUCACCCUCAGCGGGGCUGGGCUCGUCUAACUCGGAGGCCUCAUCCCUGCCCAUGCCAGGGGCUGAGCACACUUCAAAUGCCAAUUCUGCUUUCCCCGUCCCUUUGGUAGAGGUCUCCAGGGUCCUGGCCCAGCACCAUCUAACCAAAUUCCGGAGGGGCAGUCCUUAGAAGCUGCGCUCUCUGCUCCCUGGGGCCUUAGGGGAAAGAACCUGACCCUGGUGAGAGGGAGAGGAGGGCGCUUAAUUUAUUUCUCUUUCUUUUGAGGUACCUCCCCCUCUGAGCCAGUUUUCAUUUCCUCCCAGUGGCACUGGCCACUCCCCUGCCUCCCACUCUAGACCCAUUCCUAAGACCCAGGAGGUAGGCGGGGGGCAGAAGGAAGGAGUGGGAUCCAGUUUUGUGUGGUUGGUUUUUAUUAUGGGGUAACAGCAAGCAACUGAGAAUAAAGAGAAAGAGAGA